UGUCGGUGUUCCCGGUCAGGCGCUGUGCGGACAGCUAAACCCGCUCUGUGUGUGACGUGUAGGACCUCCUCCUCCGACACACAGCAGCAGCAAUGGCGGACUUCGACAGCUACGAUGAGCGGGACCGGGCCUACGGCAGCUUCGGCGGCGGUAGAGGGCCCCGUGGAGGCGGCGGCGGCUCCGGAGGCCCCAGGAAGCAGAAGGAGCUGCCGUCGGAGCCCCCGUUCACGGCGUACGUGGGAAACCUGCCGUUCAACACGGUGCAGGGAGACAUCGACAUCAUCUUCAAAGAGCUCAACAUCCGCAGCGUCCGAUUGGUCAGAGACAAAGAGACAGACAAGUUCAAAGGUUUUUGUUACGUUGAGUUCGAAGAUUUGGAAUCUCUAAAAGAAGCUUUGACGUACGACGGCGCUUUGCUAGAUCAAAGGUCACUGAGGGUGGACAUCGCAGAGGGACGCAAGCAGGAGCGAGGAGGAGCAGGAGGAGGCGGCUUCGGCUUCAGGAAAGACGACGCUAGAGGACGAGGAGGUUCUCGAGGAGCUCCCAGAGGAGGAGGAGGAGGACGCGACUCCCGCGAGGACUUCGACCAGCCAGGAGGAGGUGCGGUCAGAGAGUUCGGCAGCUCAGGUUUUAGAGAUGAUGACUACAUGGGAGGGCGGAGUCGAGGCGGCGGCAGUGGCGGCAGUCGCCCCGGUGACAGAAGGGGGGCAGGUGCAGGGGUCGGGGGUCGCUUCAGAGACGGACCCCCCCGCGGCGGAGCGACAGACUUCAGGGAACCGUCUGAAGAGGAGCGAGCGCAGCGGCCCCGGCUGCAGCUGAAGCCUCGGACCGUUUCUGAGCCGCUCAACCAGGUCGCCAACCCAAACUCUGCCAUCUUCGGUGGAGCCAAGCCACGAGAGGAGUCCUGAUUCAUUUAAAUCGGCAACCACAUACUCCUGACCAGACGGUGGCGCUAACACGUCGUGUCCCCCCCCCCCCCAACAACAGAAAAGAAGAAAUUUAAAGGUUUUUGUGCUGUUUUUGUUUAUUUCAGUUCAUGUAGAAGCCGACUGCCACUUUUUUUUUUGUAAAAUUGAUAAAAAACAGUUUUGAAUGACCUGCAAAAGUCAAAAUUAUUAUCGUACAAUGACGUUUUCAUUUCUGUUUGUAGUUAAAACUGUAACCAUUGCAUAACAUUUAAAACAGUAAAACCUGGUCCAGGUGAAUGUUUUCAGGUCUCUUGUGUGUCAGUGUGGAUCGGGAUCGGGUCUGUAGAGGAUCAGAACGGGAUUUUUAACCUCCAGCCGGUGGUUUUGGUCGGUUUCGGUCUGCGUCGCUUUGAGAACAUUUGUGUCGCUGAUAAACAGUUUUAUUUGCUUUACUGUACUAUAGAAUAAAAACGGCUGUUUUAACUUUAUUUUCUUUUUUUUUUUUGGUUCAUUUUUUUUCCUACACUGUUUAUGGCAAUAAAACUAUCAUCAUCAUCCUCA